CUUUUUCUUUUUUUGGCACGAGUUUGAGUUCAUAUGACAACUUUGUAAAUAAUACAAAAUAAAACUUAAAAUUUCCUGCAUUUCUAUCUUCAAAUUAUUAAUAAACUAAAAAAUUACUUCGGGUUCUCAAGAUUAAGUCCACAUGUCGAACCAGGUCUGCCUUUUGUGUUUACACGUUAUCGACGACACGGCAGCGAAAUCCGCACAAAAACUCAGAAUCAAAACGCUCUUCCAAUUAAUUACACUUUGUCAUCAAAAUUACAAAUUAUCUCAACAUGAAUUCGACGAGGACGAAAUGUGUAACUUUUGCGCCGAUUGUUAUCCUCUCUUCAGCCAAAUGGAAGAAAUUAGGAGGCAAAUUUCACUCCUGGAGGAAGAAAUUGGGUCAAAAGUCAGGGAAAUUCAGGCCACAAUUCUGCACACUUCCUCCUCCCACCUAGGAAAUGAUGGAGAAGAGAAAAUUCUACAAAUUCGUGACAUGCUUCUCCGCGUGGCAGGAGCUAGUUCGGAAGAUUUUGACGAAGGCGAGGUUCAAGUCAAAGUGGAGGAGGAAGACGAAGGGACGAUGAUGGCGUUGACCCUCUCGGCGAUGUGAUCGACCAAUUCUUGGACGAUGACCUCGAUUCCUGCUCUCGAACAAGUGCCGAAGACAUGAAAGAGGAAAAUUUGCGUGACGAUGACGACGAAGCUGCCUUUUGUAUUAUGCCUUUCGCUCCAAUCACCUUGACCAAACGCAAAGAAAAUCCUAAAUGCUAUACGAAACGCAAAAGACAAGAUUCUCUACGAUUCUCUCUAAUGAUCCUCCACCCAAAAAGACUAAAACAUUCCUUCCAACGUCAAACUCAGAAGAGGGUGACGAUGACGAUGCAAAAUCUGGUCCACCCACACCUGACAAAACUAUUCUGUCUUCCCUAAUAAAGAUCCGCCAUAUUAAAGUCUCCAAUUCAAACUCGGAAUCAUUAAACGAAGACGCUACAACAUCUACUCCUGACAAAGAUAACACUACACACGUCGAUGACAUUGCGACUUCUGAUGUUAUUCGUCCCCACAAGUGUUCCUCCUGUUCCAAAUCUUUCAAAGGCAAAAACGCCCUUUCUCGCCAUAUCGCGCGGAGCCACGGUGUUCCUUGCACCGCACCACUAUGCAUCGCCACGUUCGACUCCAUGAACGCGCGGGACGCCCACAUGAAAACUGCCCACGACGGUCGUGCACCUUAUCAAUGUGGAAUUUGCAAAACCAAGUGCGGUUCUCAAAGCGAUCUCGCUGCGCACAUGGUGAUGCGACAUGAAAAAGGGGAGAAGAAAUUGUCCUGCGAUAAAUGCCAGAAGAAAUUCUGCCUCGAGGAAAACUUGGCGAGACAUUUGAAACUGCAUGAAGUCGAGGACAUCAAACCGCUCGUUUGUGACGUGUGCGACGACCGAUUUGAAAAUGAGGAACAUCUUAAGACACACAUGGCAAAGACAACUCAUACAAAGCCGUUGGAGUGUAGUAAAUGUCCACAGCGGUUCCAGGGUAGGACGAAUCUGGAAAGACACUUGAGGACACACACUAAGGAAAAAACUGAGAAAUGUCCUCACUGUGACCACGUCACAAGCGACAAACCCCUCCUGCAACGCCACAUCGCACGCCUUCACCCUUCCGGACCUGCCCCGCAUAUUUGCCACAUUUGUGGAAGAGGGUUUCAUUAUCGCCUCGACUUCAAGACGCACCUUGCCCGUCACGAUGGCAAAUUAGCAGUGAAAUGUGACGCUUGUGGCGAAACGGUUGCAUCAUUGAGGAGCUUACAAUCCCACUUGAUACAGGUGCAUGGCCACGACCCGAUCGUUUGUGAAGAAUGCGGAGUUACUUAUACAUCCGUGUCAACAUUUUUACAACACAAGAAAUUCCACACGGGUGAAAAAAAGCACAAAUGCGAGACUUGUGGGGCCUGCUUUUACGAGACGGAGGGUCUUAAGAAUCACAUAAGAACGCACACGGGCGAGCGACCAUUCCCCUGCCCCCACUGCGGCAAGGCCUUCACGACUGGUGGAGCUAUGAGGAACCAUGUAAAGCUUAUCCACACUCCCGGAUAUGUCGCCCCCACCCCGCACAAAUGCCCCCACUGCGAUAAAGCAUUCAAAGCUCCAUCCUUCCUGCGGUGUCACAUUCACCAAGCGCACACGGGAGAGCGACCCUUUAUCUGCGACCAGUGCGGAAAACGGUUCGCGGUUAACUCAACGCUAACUACGCAUUUGAAAACGAUCCAUGGCAUCGUUCCGGAAAAGAAGUAUAGGUUACCGAGAUCGAAAAGGGAUACGUUUCAUGUGGAUGAAGAUAAUGAUUAAGUUAAAAUUUGUAAUUUGUGCUGUUAAAUUUCAAUUUUUAUCAGUAUUAUAUAAGUUAAAUACUAGAUACACAUUGUUAGGUACAUAAUGCGCCUCAAAAUAUUUACAAGCACAUUAAUCUGAAACUGAGGAAUAAAUUCUAAAUAUUUUCUUGACAUAUUAAAA